GUAAGAAAAUGAUCUCCAAAAUACAAAAUGCAUUUUUCUCCACUAAUCCUUUAAAGAACUGUCAUAAAAUGCUUAAUGUUUAACAAUAGCCUUAAUACUGCAGGACUGAACUUUGCUCCUCCAGGAUUACUAAGUUACUUGGUGGCUUGCCUUCCAAGUCACAAGAGAUUUCCAGGCUUGCCAGGAGAAUGUCUUAUUCUCAGUAAUUCCUCAGAUGAGUUAUGGUAUUGGUAACUGUUAUAAUUCUUCAGCAAGGUUGCACUGGUAUAGAACCAUACUGGGAAUAUCUGGAGCAGUAAACGGCAUUCUGGCUUUGACUUUGAUCUCCCUGAUCCUGUUGGUUUCUCAGGGAAUACUGCUAAAAUGCCAGAAAGGAAGCAUCUCAGAUACCACCCAGUAUGAAGACACUGGAAACCUGAAAGUGAAUGACACAAGAGGAAAUGUGAGCAAUAAAGACACAGGCCACUGUCUUUCAGGAACUACAGACCAGACAGUACUAUGUCCAUCAGAGUGGCUCAAAUAUCAUGGGAAGUGUUAUUGGUUCUCUGCUGAGAUGAAAAAUUGGAAUGACAGUUACAUGUAUUGUUUGGGAAGAAAAUCUCAUUUACUUAUCAUACAGGACCAACCUGAAAUGGCUUUUAUACAGAAAAACCUGAGACAAUCAAACUACAUGUGGAUUGGCCUUAACUUAACCUCCACAAAGGGGACAUGGACUUGGGUGGAUGGUUCUGCAUUGGAUACAAAGAUAUUCCUCAUAAAGGGACCGGCUAAAGAAAACAGUUGUGCUGCCAUUAAGGAAAGCAAAAUGUACUCUGAAACAUGCAGCAGUGUUUUCAAAUGGAUCUGCCAGUACUAGUUUAAUAAAAUUGAUAAUGAAAUAAUAAUGACUGUUUGGGCCUAUCAGCUUGUAAUAUAAAUCUCCAGUAAUAAGAUUUAACAUGAGAUUAAACACUAAAAUCUCUCUUCUCUGUUCCUUCCAUCAUCUAUACUGGUCCUAAGCACAGAGUAACACAUAUUAACAAACUCAAGUGUUCCCUUCAGUUACUUGUGUGUGUGUGGUAAUGUAAUACAAUGUGAACUCGUGUAAUUAUA